AUGGCGGAAGAGAGAUCGGAGGAAGUGAAGCUGUUAGGGAUGUGGGCGAGUCCUUUCAGCCGUCGGAUCGAGCUAGCUCUCACGCUCAAAGGUGUUCCUUACGAGUUCUCCGAGCAAGAUAUCACCAACAAGAGCUCUUUGCUACUCUGGUUGAACCCGGUUCACAAGAUGAUUCCGGUUCUUGUUCAUAACGGUAAACCAAUCUCGGAAUCACUCGUGAUCCUUGAAUACAUCGAUGAUACAUGGCGAGACAAUCCGAUUCUUCCUCAAGAUCCGUAUGAGAAAGCUACGGCUCGCUUCUGGGCCAAAUUUGUCGACGAACAGAUUUAUGUGACGGCGAUGAAAGUGGUGGGGAAGAUCGGAGAAGAGAGAGACGACGCGGCUGUGGAAGCGACGAGAGAUCUGUUGAAGUUAUUGGAGAAAGAGCUAGUCGGGAAAGAUUUUCUCGGCGGGAAAAGCUUAGGCUUCGUGGACAUUGUGGCGACUCUGGUGGCGUUUUGGCUGAUGAGAACGGAAGAGAUCGUCGGCGUCAAGAUUGUUCCGGUGGAGAUAUUCCCGGAGAUUCACAGAUGGGUGAAGAAUCUUUUGGAAAUCGAUGUUGUUAAGAAAUGUAUCCCUCCCGAAGAUGAACAUCUCAACUACAUCAAAGCUCGCAUGGAUCGCCUCAAAAUCAAACCGGUUUGA